GUUCCAGCGUGCCGGGCCCGAUCCUCUUUUCUCACCUUGUCGUCCGCACCCUACCCAAGUGUCGGUGAGCAACAACUACGCGUUGAUGAUUUCAGGUUGCUACCAAUGUUCUCGUUUUGCGAUCUCAGUCCCUGGACAUCGGAUGCAGCGUGACGCUUCCUCGCGACGUCUUGCAGAUGAGGCCUCCCUCUUCGGCCCAAAAGGGUGCCAUCCCGCGUAGAUAUGCAAGAUCGACAGCGUGGGCGGUGCUCUGGCUUGUCUAAGACAUGGGGAAGCCAUGUUGAUAUACUAGGGUGACACAGCACAUGUUGGAACAGUUGGCGAACGCAAUAACUACCCGUCGUUGCUUUUCACUUGCACUCCACAUCUUAGUCUGCACUAUUCGUUAUCAUGUUCGCUUCUUGAUCGUUGUAUUACUAUUUUGUCCCCCUCCCUAUCACUACUCACCCUCGAUAUGGACUUCCUUCCGGCUCAAUCAUGGGCGCUCUUUGCGCUGUCAGUCUCGAUCAUCUUUGCAAGAUUGAUGUUCCGACGCAUCAUGCUCAAGUCAUUUAGACACCUUCAGGCUGAUGACUGGGUUAUGAUCUUUCUCCUACUGCCUUUGACAGCUUCUGUUAUUCUGACAGUUUCCGUGAGCGAAGCACAAUUAGAGAAGCAGAGAACAUACCGAUUUGUCCUCGAAGUGCUGCACAUCACGAUGACAUGGCUGGUCAAAGUGUGUCUCUUAGUGUUGUACUGGCGGAUCUUUCCAGUAGUAUUUAGCACCGCUCGAAGACGCUAUAUUCAAGUCGUCUCGACAAUGUGCGCCCUAUUUUUUAUCACAACACAGGCUUUGUUGCUAUCUUGGUGCCGUCCAACACAAUUGGACGAGUCGACCUACCACAACUAUGCUAUUGUAUCCUUGGUAUUAAGCACCUUGACGACUAUCCUCGUGCUCAUUAUCCCAAUCCCGUUCAUUCCUACUCCACGGCGUCUUCUGCUUACCAUUCUUAUGGUCACUGGUAUCUCGACCCUCAUUCUUGGCACACUUGGACGAAUCUACAUCAUCAUGGCGUCGAUGUCGCAAAAGUACCUCUUCUACUACAUCUACGAAAUUACACUUCUCAUCGUCUUCGCCAACCUCCCGUUCCUGACAUCUCUCGUGGCCACGACAACACCAGCUCGCAUCCGCGAGUUCAGCCGAAACAUCUCCUUUUCUCGUGACGGAACACAAGCACCGCUAUCACCAUGGCCUCGGAGUAGACGAGUGAGCAUUCAGGAUAUUGCAUCACCACCACUGAGAUCGAGUCGGUUGAGCAGCACGGCUACGGUCGUAUGUGGGAAGACAGAAGGAAGGGAAUGGAAAGUCUGCAUACCGGUGACCAGGCCAGGAAACGCAAAGAUUGGGUUUGGUGUGGAGUGACUUAAGAACUUGUAAAUAUUGUGUUGGCUUUUUCUAAUUAAAAGACUCCCGUCACCUGUGAAGCAUAAACCAUUCUUCAUACAGGACUUUGGCAACAUGCUUCGAGAUUUACUGUAUAUUCUCCAACAUUAACGGGUUACUACUUAAGUAUGACGAAUAAUAAUCGAGACGGAAAUCG